AUUUUUUUAAACAGCGUAAUGAAAAUUAUCCAUUAAUUGCUACAUAUGAAGGCGAAUUUAUAAAUCCAUUUUAUUGUUACAAUUCUAAAGCUUUAGAAAUUUCAAUAAUUAAAGAGUUGAUUGUUGAGUAUGAAGAGGAAUAUGAAAUAGAGAAUAAUAAUGAACAAGAGGUUUAUUAUCAAAAUCUGAAUCACUUAAACAACGUAUUAGAUAAGCUACAAAAUGUUUAUUCGAAUUUUAAACCACUUGAAAAAAUGAUUGAUGAUAUUGAAACUCUUGAAAAUCGACACACUAUACCAAGAACAUUCAAGGAUUUUAAUCACAAUACACUAUAUUGGGAUUGA